AUGAGUCGCCCUGCUUAUCCCAGCAAGGGUAUCACCUUUGUGCGAAACGAUGCCAGAGUCUUUCGCUUCUGUCGCAGCAAAUGCCACAAGAACUUCAAGAUGAAGCGUAACCCUCGCAAGCUGAAGUGGACAAAGGCUUUCCGCAAGGCCGCCGGCAAGGAGAUGACUGUCGACUCAACACUGCAGUUCGCCGCCCGCCGCAACGUGCCCGUUCGCUACGACCGAGACCUCAUGGCCAAGACCCUCAAGGCCAUGGAGCGCGUGUCCGAGAUCCGCCAACGUCGUGAGCGCGUCUUCUACAAGAAGCGCAUGGCUGGCAAGCGUGAGCGUGAGCUCGCCCUCGCCCGCAAGCUGGUCGCCGAGAACGAGCAUCUCCUGCCCCGCAUGCGCGGCAGCGAGAAGAAGCGCCUGCGCGACCUGGGCAUGACUGAGGAGGAGAUCGAGGAGAUGGAGCCUGAGCGCGAGAAGUCCAAGGCCUUUGGUGGCGAGAAGAAGAAGGUCGCCAUUGCGCUUGAGGUUGACGAAGAUGACGAUGAGGAUGAAGAGGGCGAUAGCGGCAUGUUCGACGAUGAAGACGACGAGGACGAGGACGAGGAUGGUGAUGAGGAUGAUGAGAUGGACGAUAUCGACAUGGAUGCCGAUUGA